GCAUCAUCACCACCAGCACCCGACUGCAAUGUCCUUCCAGCCGAAACAGGAACAUGUCGCGCAGCUUCAACAGCAGAACCCAGACAAGAACCUCAUACCCGUGUACCUGGAUGCCGUGGCUGACCUGGACACGCCCGUGAGCGUGUUGCUCAAGCUGCGCGAGGGUCAGACGCACUCGUUCCUGCUCGAGUCUGUGGCUCCCGGCGAAAAAAUCGCGCGUUAUUCAUUUAUCGGUGCUGGCCCACUCAAGGUCGUCACUACGGGAAAGGGUCAGGCCUUUGAGGGUGACCCGCUGACCAACCUUGAGCAAGAGAUGAAGAAUUUUCGCACGGUGACGCUGCCAGAGCUCAACGUGCCCAUGACGGGUGGCGCUGUGGGCUACUGCGGCUUCGACGCCAUUCGCCACUUUGAACCCAAAAUUGCGCCUUACAUUGAUGCUCAGAAGGACGUGCUGAAGGUGCCUGAGAGCAUUUAUAUGUUCUUCGACACGGUCGUAAUCUUUGAUCACGUCUUCCACUCGCUUAAAAUCGUGUCGCAUGUCCGUCUCGACACUGGUGACCUUGCUGCCGCGUACAAGGAGGCCACCGACAAGAUCAUGGCAGUGAACGCGGCACUGGAGAAGCCUCUCGUUCGCCCAUCCAGUGUUGCCCACGCUAGCGUUCCAGCCACAUCCAAGAUCGACUUGGAGGUGGCCUCGAACGUCGGCAAGGCCGGCUACAUGGGCUUCGUCGACAAGCUAAAGGAGCACAUUGUGGACGGUGAUAUCUUCCAGGCUGUGCCGUCACAGCGACUGGCUGUCGACUUGCCGAAGGACGUGACUUCACUGGAUCUGUAUCGCCAGAUGCGCGUGAUAAACCCGUCGCCUUACAUGUUCUUCUUGGAUAUGGGCGAGGAUUUCCAGAUCGUCGGUGCCUCGCCAGAAAUGCUUGUCAAGGUGGAUCACGAGCGUAUUGUGGAGACUCACCCCAUCGCUGGUACCCGUCAUCGUGGCGCCAACGACGAGGAAGACGAGGCUUUGGUGAAGGACCUUCUCUCCGACGAGAAGGAGCGCGCUGAGCACAUUAUGCUGGUGGAUUUGGGCCGCAACGACGUCGGUCGUGUUGCCACACCGGGCACCGUGCGUGUGGAGCGCCUCAUGCAGAUCGAGAAGUACUCGCACGUGAUGCACAUCGUCUCGGUCGUCAAGGGUGACCUCCGUGAAGACCGCACCGUAUACGACGCGUACCGUGCCAUGUUCCCUGCCGGCACUCUGUCUGGUGCGCCUAAAGUGCGUGCGAUGGAGCUUAUUUGCUCUCUGGAGACUGAGCGACGCGGCGUGUACUCUGGCUCAGUAGGCUACUUCAGUUUCUCCGGGUUCCUGGACACGGCCAUUGCCAUUCGCACCAUGGUGGUGAAGGAUGGUAAGGUCUACUCGCAAGCGGGCGGCGGCAUCGUGUACGACUCGGACCCGCAGGCCGAGUACAUGGAGACAGUCAACAAGCUCGGGUCGGCUGUCAAGACGCUGGAAAAGUGCGCCGCACACAUGGCGCCGACCGCGCAAUAGAUUGAGUGUGUGGCGUAUUUUUUCUAGUUCAAAGCGAGAUAAAUACACGGCACAUUUGCA